CCCUUGCAUCAUCAACGUUUCGCCAUCGACUCAAGGAUAAGUCCAUAUACCAUCGCUGGGGAACAAUACUAAACAGCCAUGGCGCCACCACGAAUGCCUCGACCUUACGAGCUGAACCCGGACCUGAAAGCGACGCUUCGCGUAGAGUCAUUCCAAGGCACGUUCAGCUCAAAGGCGUUUAUCGAGAAGCUGUCGAGCGGAAUUAUCGCCACGCGCAUCAAAGAAAACUCCAAUACAUUCGACCCAAAGCCGUUUAUCCGCACUUUCGAGAGCUCGCUGGAGGAGCUUGAGAAGCUGGCGAGCAAGAUGCAGAAGCACACAAUCGAAUUAGAGCGAGAGACACAAAAGGAAGAGUUGGCGUUCAAGAAGCAAGUCAAGGAAUUAGGCCUUGGUUUUGAUGAUGUUCAAUCAAGUUUGGAGAGUCUAGAGUCUCGUAUUAGCGAAGUUGGAAGCACAGCAAUCCGUAUCGGUGAAAAACUGGAAACGGCUGAUAGUCAAAGAGCGAGAGCGGUUCUAUCAAAAAAGCUAAUGGAGUACUUUAUGCAGUUCAACGAAGGACGGUGUCCGACUCUGGAAUCGCUCAUGACUCAGCAGGGACUUGAUGGGCAGAUUGAGGCAGCAAGGAUUCUUAGACAGCUUGCUAUUCUCGCCAAGGAAGUAGACCUGCCCGACACACAGGUGGCGCGAGAAGGGAUUGAAAAGUUCAGGGAACAGUUUGAGACCGACAUGUUGUCCUCCUUCGACAAAGCAUACAGACAUGCGGAUCCCAAGGUCAUGGCGCAUUGUGCCAAGGCGUUGCUAGAAUUCAAUGGUGGACAUUCCUGCGUACAAAUUUACGUCAAUCAGCACGAUUUCUUCAUGUUGCAUUCCAAAGUCAAUGAAAGUACGCCUGUGGAAGGCCCAGACCAAGAGAACCUCGCAAAUCCAGUGGCGGCCAUCCCACCAAUUGACGCAGGCUUGAUCAAACUAUACGACGACAUUCGCACAACGGUUGAGCAAGAAGCAGAGAUUAUUUCGAUGGUCUUCCCAAACCCCGCAGCAGUGUUUCAAGUCUUUAUCCAGCGGGUUUUUGGCCAAUCGAUUCAACAAUUCAUCGAGACACUCUUGGAAAGAGCACAAGCAAAAUCGACGCUCGCCUAUCUCAGGACCCUUUCAUCCAUUCACGAGCAAACCGUCUUGCUAGUCGAGGACUUGAAAAAAUGCGAGGAUACCUUAAAGGUCGGCGUCAACACUAAUGUCAAGGGAUCCAACGUCUCCGUCACUACACAGCCACUUGCACAAACUCUGGAUCGCUGCCUCGACGAUCUUUUUGUCCCCUACCUCGAGAGUGACCGAUACCAGGAAAAGGAGUUACAGUCGCUCUGUGAAAUUUAUGACUCUAUGCUUGCCAAGUUCACAGCAUACCAGCUUCAACGCCGAGGCGGCAACAAAUUCAGGGCUAUCAUCACCCGCACGUUCAACCAGAUCAUUGACUCUUCCAACAAUCGCCAAUCACUUCCACCUGUGGUCCAAGAGAACUUUGCUACCGUCAAGAAUCCCGAAAAAUACCAGAACAUGCAAGUCUCGGACGACGACGGUAAUCUCUCGGUAGAAGUUGUUAUCAAGCUGCUCAAAAUCCACGCAGAAAGUGUUGUCAGGAGUGUGGGAUUGCUGCCUGUAUCCGGAAGGCCAAAAAACACAGCAGUGCUGUUUCAGCUGCUGAAUGACUAUAUCGGCAUGCGUUACAUUGAUGCUGCACUGGACUCGGCACUGGAAGACUUAUCAGCAAUGGAUCCCAAGUUUCCUCCCGAUAUGAGGCCCAUGAAGCGCGUCAAGCUUGUGAGCGGCAUUGUUCAUUUGCUUCAGAUGCAUUUCCAAACCACUAUUCUACCACUUACGGUGCCCUCACCGCAAGUGUACCGCGAGACAGUCAUUCAGAAGAACAAGCUGAUGGCUAAUGUAGAGUUUAAGGCGAAUGCCACGAUACAAAAAGAAAUCGAUGUGAUCCUGGCCUGGUUGGAAACCUGUCUGAGCCGCCAGCGUCGUACUGAUUUCAAGCCCAAGGACGACGAGAUUGACUUGACAGGACUGGCGACAAAACCUUGCAUGGACUGCUGCGAGUUCUUGAGGCGGAUGUAUGAUAUGAUCCGCAAGUACUUUGAUGGCAAGAAUAUCGAAAUGUUUUGCACAGAGAUUGGCAUCGCCUUCCAUGGGAUGCUUCUGGAGCACUUCAAAAAGUUUUCGAUCAGUCCGGUAGGAGGAGUCCUGCUCACGAAGGAUAUUGCGAAGUACCAAGAGUCCGUGAAGGCAUGGAACAUUCCAUCACUUAACGAGCGGUUUGAGAUGUUACGCCAGCUCGGUAAUGUGUUCUUGGUCAAGCCAGAAAUUUUGCCCUCUGUCCUCAACGAAGGAUACCUUGCCAAGGUCGAUUUCAAGAGUUUAUACCCGUAUCUUCAGAUGCGCGUGGAUUUCAAGACGUCCAAGAUCGAUAAGCUGUUUGAGAAACUCAACUUAAGUGUGGCAGAUGGCUCAGGAUCCAGCAGUGGAAACGCUAACACAGCCAGCAGGAUGGCAGCAUUAGAGGACUUGACAGGGGCCAAGUUCCUAAGUUAUUCAAUGCGAUAGACACACAGAAGACUACAGCUUUGGUAGCUGUCAAGUAAUAUACAUUUGUAAAAGUCGAGCUG